CGAACAAAUUUCACACUCUCUUUCUCUUUCUCUCUCUUAUACAAAUACAGAAAUCCAGGAACAGGAAGAAGAAGAAGAAGGAAGGAAGAAGAAGAAGACGACGACGACGAGGAAGGAGGAGAAGAAGCAGGAUUCGGCAUGGGAGCGGCGGCUGGGUUUCUCCUCCUCCUCCGGCGACGACCGGCGAGUGGUCUCCGGUUCUUCUCCGCCCGACCGUCGCCGUCGCCGUCGACUCUUCGAACCGCGUAGGAAACCGCCCCGUCCCGUCCCGGGGAACUUCCGAUUCUGGCGUCCGGAUCGUUCGAGGCUCCGACCGGCGAGGAGGACGACGUUCCGGUUCUUCCGCGCUUGAGAAUGGGUGGGAAAAACGUUCGCGUCGCCAGAGAUCUUCCGGUGACCGUCGGUUGAUUGCGGCCGCUGCUUCGCUUGGGGACUCGUUUUGGAAACUCGUGGAGAGAAGUGCGUCCGUUGCUGUUUCUGUCCUCAUUUCUUGAUGUGGAUUUGGGUUCUUGCCGUUUCGUUUUCGUGCGUUCGCUGCUCGAAUUGAGGCGUCGCGGGAUUGAAUUUUGCAGAGGGAUUUUGUUUGGAGGUCGGGGAAGGGAAGGAUAAAUGGAGACGCCGAGCUUGGGAUCGGUGGAUGAAGUGGUGGCGGAGAUCAUGGGGAUACACAGAUCUCUGCCGGCCAGGCCUUCGAUCGACGAGGUCGAGGCGGCCAAGACGCUGAUCCGCAAUGUGGAGAAGGAGGACCAGGCCAGGCUGGACGCGAUCGCGAGGCAGACCAAGAGCCUCGACGUGCCCGAGGAGCUGUUCAUGAUGCUGCAGGAGAUGCAGAGGAACCUGGUCCAUUACCAGGGGAAGGAGCAGAAGAGGGAGGCCGUGAAAUUGCUGGACCUCGAGAACGUCCACGCCCUGUUCGACGAGUACAUCCAGAGAGCUUCCGAUUGCCUCAACCCCGGGAGCUACUCGAACGGCUCCGCUCUGACGGUUUCGAGCAGGGGCGGUCCGAGCGCCGCCGCCGCCGCCGCCGCUUCUGUCUCGGUGUUGCCGAGGAAGCCAUCUGCAGGCACUUCGUCGGGCUUCUAUUACUCGGAGAAGGAACCGGCGAAGAGCGGAGAUUUGUUCACUAGAGAUGAUAGUUAUGUGAAGAAGGCGAAGUCCUCAUUCUAUGUCGAUGGCCUGGGCGGUUUACCGAGCCCACAGAUACAAGAUUCAACUUUGAAGGCUGGAAGUGCUUUGGGUCAGGAUGGUGAUAAAUUGAGCUUAAUAAAGCUUGCCAGCUUGAUUGAAGUUUCUGCAAAGAAAGGGACUCGAGAACUCAAUCUCCAGGACAAGUUGAUGGACCAAAUACAAUGGCUUCCCGAUUCGAUUGGGAAACUAUCGAGUUUGGUCAGCAUAGAUCUAUCGCAAAAUCGAUUGCAAGCCCUGCCAGCAACUAUUGGAGGCCUCUCAUCUUUAACAAAGUUGGACUUGCAUGCUAACAGAAUUGCUGACCUCCCAGAAUCCAUUGGCGAUCUCCUCAAUUUGGUCUUUUUAGAUCUGAGUGCAAACCAACUGACAUCCCUGCCCGCCACCUUAAGCAGACUGGUGCGUCUUCAGGAACUUAACUUGAGUUCAAAUAGUCUGUCUGCACUUCCUGAGUCGAUAGGAUCUCUUGCUAGCCUGAAGAUCUUGAAUGUGGAGACCAAUGACAUUGAGGAGCUGCCACAUACUAUUGGCCAAUGUUCUUCACUUAAAGAGCUUCUUGCAGAUUAUAACCGGCUGAAGGCCCUUCCUGAAGCAGCAGGGAAGAUUCCUACCUUGGAGGUGUUGUCAGUGCGAUAUAAUAAUAUCAGACAGCUGCCUACUACAAUGUCAUCUCUAUCAAAUUUGAAGGAGCUUAAUGUAAGCUUUAAUGAACUUGAGUCCGUGCCUGAGAGCUUAUGUUUUGCUACCACACUCGUCAAGUUGAAUAUAGGGAACAAUUUUGCUGUUCUGAGAUCCCUACCGAGGUCUAUUGGGAACCUUGAGAUGCUCGAAGAAUUAGAUAUCAGCAACAACCAAAUACGGGUCCUUCCAGACUCAUUUAGGAUGUUAACACGAUUGCGUGUCUUACGUGUGGAAGAAAAUCCUUUAGAAGUUCCGCCGAGACAUAUUGCAGAAAAGGGUGCACAGGCUGUUGUUCAAUACAUGGAGGAACUUGUUGAGAAAAGGAGCCAACCACAACCUGUGAAGCAGAAGAAAGGCUGGGCUCAGAUGUGCUUUUUUUCAAGGUCUAAUAAAAGAAAACGAGGUGGAGCUGAUUACGUGAAAACCUGACUUUGAACGAGUGCACAGGGAUGAAAUGAUUGGCAUCGGAGGUGUUUUUAAGCAUGAAGAGCGCUUUUUGCAAAGCGAACCCUCUCCCCAUAUCCUGCCGCGGCGCAGCAGAUCUAAACCACGGCUUGCAUGACUUCCUUCUAAAAACUGUAGAUUUUAUCGCUUUUCCUACCGUUUUCAUCUAAAAAAAAAGGUUUACGAAUUUUCUGCAUUUCCAACUGUUGUGUGUCAACUGUAUUCAUCCUUUGUUCUCUGGACUUUAGCAAAAAUUGAGGUGUAUAACAAUCAGCCGGCGCGUUAUGGAAGAAGACCAUGUUGUUGUAUCCUGUUGGAUGAUGGUAUUCCUCCCAUCGCUAUACAAAAGGCUCGGGUAUAACCCGAGCAGACGAGCCUUGAAUUCAUCAGCGCCACUGGUGUAUGUCCGCACAAAGCUGGGGUCGCGGGACCACUCCCAUGAUCUUUGGCGUUUUCUGUCUUGUGUCGUGGCGGCUCUGAAAUUGGAGAUCCCAAUGCCAAAAUUGGACAUCGUGGUCAGAGCUCUCGUUGAAAGAGAGAGGGAGGGAAAUGAAGGGGGGGUGUUUGUCGUCUACUUAACCCGAAAGUCUUUGGGAUGUGAGGUUGCGUAGUUGAAUGGUGCUUCUGUAUCUUUGCUUAAGUGUUUAUAGUUUCGUUCUCUUUGAAUAAUGUAUAGCAGGUGGCACGAACGAGAAUAUGGGGAGGGAUGAACGUGCGGUGUGUCUCACAUGGAGUGGAUAAGAAGGAAUAGAUCUUGUUUUGCGCUCUC